AUGUCCGGACGAGGAAAAGGUUUUAAAGGUCUCGGCAAAGGUGGAGCAAAACGUCAUCGAAAAUUACUACGAAAUAAUAUUAAUUGUAUUACAAAACCGGCUAUUCGUCGUUUAGCUCGUCGGGGCGGAGUCAAACGUAUAUCGGGUUUAAUCUACGAAGAAAUUCGGGGUGUAUUAAAAAUAUUUUUAGAAAAUAUUAUUCGCGAUGCUGUUACAUAUACCGAACAUGCGAGACGGAAAACGGUUACGGCCAUGGAUGUUGUUUAUGCAUUAAAACGCCAGGGUAGAACAAUAUAUGGUUUUGGUGGUUAA